UCGACUUCCUGAAGUAGCUUCUUGGGAGAACAUGGACACACGUGGACAACGAGACUAAAACAUCACAUUUACCAGCGCUUACAGGUCUCAACAAACCACCUGGCUGAGGAUGAAAGGCAGAGAGAAGCAGAAACGGACACUGCUGACCAACAAUAUGGCCAGCAGUGAUGAAGACUCGGACGUAGAAAAGAACUAUGCCCUAUUACUCAAGACAGGAGGCCCGAGUGGAGGACUGGGUGAUGACCGUUACCACAGAGGAGCAGAGGAGGAGGAGGACGAAAAGGAAGAUGAGGAAGGGUCUGACAGUGGGGAGGAAGACUCUGACGGUGGUGAAGCAGAAGAGGAAGACGAGGAAGGGUCCGACGGCGGGGAGGAAGACUCCGAUGGCGGUGACGUAGAAGAGGAAGACGAGGAAGGAUCGGAGGAUGAGGAGGAGGAGGAUUCUGACGACUGUGAGGAAGAUGAAGAGGGAAAGGGAGAAACCUUGGAGCCCUCUGUGGAGAAUGAUGAUGAUGAUGAUGAUAAUGAUGGGGACGGUGAGAUUAAGACCAAAGAGGACAUCAGAAAAGAGCUGUCCAGCAUGUCCUUCGAGGACAUCAUGAAGCUCCGGAGCAAAGUCGGGACCAAAGCGUACGACGAGGUGGCCUACGGGGGCGCCGAGAGCCGAGCGGCCGGCAAGAAGAGACGCCUGAACAAGAACAGGCCGAUGGAGAUCUCGGCUAAGAGGCCGGCCCCCUUCCUGCGCCAGGUCGUCCCGGUCAAGAAAGCGACUCUGAGAGAUCCCCGCUUUGACGACCUGUCCGGGGAGUACAAACCGGAGAUUUUCGAGAAGACGUACAAGUUCAUCAACGACAUCAAGCACAAAGAGAAGGAGACCAUUCAGAAGCAGCUGAAGAAGUCCAAGAAGAGCGUCCAGCAGAAGGAGAAGCUGCAGUUCCUGCUGAAGAGAAUGGAGAACCAGGAGCGAGCCAGGGAGAUCCGGGAGCAGCAGAGAGAGAGGGAGCUGCAGUUCAAGAGGGAGCAGAGGGAGCGAGCCAACCAGGGCGCCCGGCCGUUCUUCCUCAAGAAAUCCGAAAAGAAGAAACUCCAGCUGGCCGACAAAUUCCAGGAGCUGAAGAAGAGCGGCAAGCUGGAGAACUUCCUGAGCAAGAAGAGGAAGAGGAACGCCGGGAAGGACCGCAGGAAGCUGCCCGGACAGCAGCAGAGGCAGGACGCCCCCCGGGGCAGCCGGUGACCCCAGCAGGACGGUGGGAGGAGGCCGACCAGCCACCUGUCAGACAUGGCAUUUGGACACGUCGGGAUUCCGAAAAAAAUAUCAAAAGCGGUCGGGAAUUUCCGCCUGUCGGAAAAGACAAGCGGACAGGUGACUUGCCGGUCAUUUCCCGACUGACGGAACCUUCUGCGGCCACCUCCAUGGACACACACGCGAUGGAAGUUUUUAAGCUCGGACACUAAGGGGGGGGGAGUAAACUCAGACCUCAAUAGCUGGCCAGAUGUUACCAGAUCUGAGAAAUGUUCAUUCUAAUAAACACAAACAUGCUAACAGUGAUGAUAACAUAACAGUUUUUUUUGUCUAUGUGAGCUUGAAUUUCAAAUCCAUUUAGGAUUAAAACGUCAUCCGGAAUGUUCCCUUGAUCGCUGGCUUUCAGAUGUCUUCCAGAUUGUGGAGUCGUAUCCCUUUUUUGCCACAGCACCAACUAACAACAAGCAAAGAAACAGCAUAAUCCGGGUAAAUAA